AUGGAGACGGAUACACAAUUCGAUGAAUCAGAUUAUGCCAAUAGACAAGUUCUUAUGCGUCAAUUAUUAACACCCAAACCAAUUGAAGGCAAAGAUAAUUGGGGUAUUCCACCUGAACCUGAAAAAGAGUGUGAUCAAGAUCUUCAGGCAAAGAUCGUACAUUUUUACCAAUUAAAAGAAAGAGGCGUUCAUUUUAAUAAAAAUCUUUUGAAAAAUAAGGCUUUUCGUAAUCCUCACAUAUAUAAUAAGUUAGUAGAAUUCGUGGAGUUAGAUGAAAUUGGGUCAAAUUUUGAUCGAGAAGUUUACGAUCCUUAUGGAUUUCCACCAGAGGCCUUUGCGGACCAACUCGGUAAAUUCAUGCACAUUUAUACUGCUCGUUAUUUUAAUUUUUAA